UAACUAUCCUCAUUUGAAUACAUCGUCUAUAAAUAAUCGCGCCGCUGUUGAGGGGUCAUUACUUCCUCCAGUGUGAGCGGCAGUGGGACACUCAUCGCCGUUAUGCCCGAGCCCGCCAAGUCCGCGCCCGCUCCGAAGAAGGGCUCCAAGAAGGCGGUGACCAAGGCGCAGAAGAAGGACGGCAAGAAGCGCAAGCGCAGCCGCAAGGAGAGCUACUCGGUGUACGUGUACAAGGUGCUCAAGCAGGUGCACCCCGACACCGGCAUCUCGUCCAAGGCCAUGGGCAUCAUGAACUCGUUCGUCAACGACAUCUUCGAGCGCAUCGCGGGCGAGGCGUCGCGCCUGGCGCAUUACAACAAGCGCUCGACCAUCACGUCCCGCGAGAUCCAGACGGCCGUGCGCCUGCUGCUGCCCGGCGAGCUGGCCAAGCACGCCGUGUCCGAGGGCACCAAGGCCGUCACCAAGUACACCAGCUCCAAGUAGACGCGCGAGGCAGAGGUGAAUGCAGAGAAGAAAUUAAUGCAAACAGUAACUGAAAAUGUGAAUCAACCCAUAGAAGUUAUGAAAUACGCAAAGUCUGAUCUGCCUGAGAAUAAUUACUGUUUAUCCCACACACACCCAACCCCUCCUGGUUCCUGCACAUUGAUUCAUCAAAAGGUCAUUACCUGAGUGGAGGAGCCCAAACACGGUGUUUUAUUUUAGCUUUCUCAUUUUAUUACUCGUUUCAGUCAUAAAAGUAGAAUUUACUUCUGUCACAAGCCUACUUAGUGGGAAUUCUUUCUUUCCCAUGGACUACCUUUGCUUAGAGAAGUCUGAAUGAGAGGAUUGGCCACACAUCUGCGAUAUGAUUAAUAAAAAUUUGUGGAGUAAGUACUGGAA